UUUUUUACAUCUUUAUUCUACACAAUCAUUCACAUAAUGUUUAUUAUUUUCGGAUUUAAUAGCAGAUUAACUAAGAUUUUCUUAUAUUUAAAUUUCAUUUUCACAUUUUAUAUUUUUUAUGUAUCAUUUUUUACCUUAAAUAUACCAAAUGUUACCUCAUUCAGAUUCCACUCCAACUAUCGCAAUAUCGCAAAAUUAAACCAGUUCCAUAUCUUCGGAUCUAAGAAAAAGGGUUCCCGAUUUGUGGAAGACGAAGGCGAUACCGCUGUUUCCUUGGAGGUUUUGGACCAGUUACACACUGACUUCAAGACCAAGUUGAAAUCCAUAGAAGACCAAGUUAGGUCUGAACUCGCCAAAAUCUCUGAACACAAAGCAGCUCCGAGUUUGAUUGGUCACAUUUUCAUCGAAACCGAUGAUGGAAAGAAGCAGCUACGCCACCUAUCUUCUAUAGUAAAUAAGGGGAACUUUGAGCUGGUUGUCACUCCUUUAUCAAUGGAUAACUUAUAUGACAUAUUCACCACUCUCUCCACUGAAUUAACCGGCUACAACGUCAAAUUAAUCCAAAAUGUUAUUUCGGUCAACAUUCCUCAAAUGGGCGCUGACAUCAAGAAAAAGUCCCAGGAAAACGUCAAGAGGAUUAUGAAUCAGGGAUUGGAUCAAAUUAGAAUGGCGAGACAGAACACUAUGAAAAAGUUAAAAAACUUGGAAUCAGGGCUUAGUCAGGACAUGGUCUUUAAACAAAAGUCACAAAUUGAGAGUACUGUGAAGCCGUCAACAAGUAAUGUAGAGAAAAUGUGUAACGAUAAACUUUCAGCUCUUAAGUAAUAUAUUCACUCCGUUA